GCUGUACAUAAGCACUUUGAAUUCGCGCUAAGACCAGCCUUGUUCGCGUUCAAUUCCAAACCGCCCGAGGCUGAGCUUCAUUCAACUCUUUUUCAACUUCGGGAUCUCAAGUUCAAGCUUUCGCCAUCCCGUCAUUUCAGCAGCUAUUUCUCAACGGUAAUACGCCUAAAUAGGUUGCCUGUGACAAUGGCUUCCACAGAGCAAGACCCCCUCCUCCUACUUCGCCAGUCCAUCGCGUCUGGAGGCGCAAUUCUACCGACCGCGUCCAGCGACGUCUCAGCGCAAGAGGUUCCCCUUUCUCAAGCGACGCACCUCACCUUCUCCACCCCCUCCCACAUAUCCCUCCCAAUCGAUACCCAAACCCGAUUCACCUCGAAUGAUACCCCUGUAGAUCUGCGCAGUAUCUACAUUGCCUGGUUGAAGCGAGAAGUCGCAAUUCCCGAAUACAAUGCCUCUGUAUCGAAGCUUAAUGAGGAGCUCGGGGACAAGGGACAAGUCCGCAUGCUUGCCUUUGUCGAGCGGCUAGAUCUUAUCACAUGGCUCGAGGGAGCCAGCGAAGAAUGCGAGUACAUCAAGCCGCUGGCCGGGGAUAAGGAUGGCUCAACUUCUACUGCAGCUGCAGCUCUUGCUUCCAAGGGUGCAGCAGCUCCUGCAAUCGGUGCGAAGCUAGGGAGAUCGGGGAAGGGUACCUUGGAUCCAAGACUUGCGGUUAUCUAUAACAGCGAGCGCAAGAUGGGUGAUCGAAACAGUGUGCUUAGAGGCAUCAAGCCGACGGACUUCUCGCACGUUCGAAAGCUAGCUGCGCCCCUCAUGUCCAAGAAGUCGCAACAAGCUCCACCCACUGCCAUAUCUAAUAACCCGGCGCUGGCCACACACAAGAAACCUAGACGACCCGAUCCUAUUAUCCUACUUUCGCCUUCCGCCUCCUCUCUCCUGCGCAUGACGAAUGUCAAGUCUUUCCUCGAGAAUGGCCAAUAUGUUCCGCCUAACUCGCUGUCUGCUAGUUCCAGCACAGGUGCGAGUAUGCUGCACAUCAACCGCCUACUGAAGGACAUCGACCCGAAUCGACCUAUGAGGUUUAUCCUGGUCGAAGGCCCUGAACAGUUCAAGCCAGAAUACUGGAAUCGGGUGGUCGCGGUCUUCACGACUGGCCAGAGUUGGCAGUUCAAGAACUACAAGUGGAGCAACCCCAGCGAGUUAUUCCGCCACAUUCCCGGUGUCUACGUCGGCUGGCGGAACGAAAAGCCCCCCGAGGCCGUACGCAACUGGGGGCACAGAGUAAUGAGCGUCGGCAUAGAUCCCUGGAAGGAGCCGGUUCAUAAUACGAUAGAUUCGAGCCGGUGGAGGGACCACGAGAUCGUUGAGCAUAUUUGGAAGGCUAUCGAGGGGAACAUGAGAAGCAAGGGCUGGAGACGAGAUCAGGCUCCCUCGUCGAUAUGAGUACGAGUCUCCGCGUAUCACAUAGAUAAAUGUAUCUUGUCCCUUUUACAUCAGACGACCAAACGAGGCCAAGAAUAAUGCUUUUGAGCUACAGCCGGAGCUUAGUAUGGCCCUUAAUACUCGCAAUGUCCAGUCCGAGACAUGAUCCUCAUGAGUCGCAUCCAUCGGCAUUAAAUUUUGCCGGGUUUUGUAUUAUUAGACUCGAAAGGGAUGGCAUUGCUUCAUACCCAGAUGACCAUGGAAAGGUCUCUUAUAAAUUGACGGCGUUAGGGACGAGAGUUGCGCAGCGAAGCAUAUGGACAAAAGUUGUUUGCCUGAGUAUAGCAAGGCCUUCGUAGCAUAGAACUGGAAAGGCUUAAUGAAUAUGAUUCUAUGAGUGUUUAUACAGCCCGUUACCCAAUCCUCGAUAUGCUGAUUGUAAUUAUGGGAUACAGACGAUGUGUCCAACAGGCACUUCGCAAAUAUUAAGUGAGAAGAUGUUUUCAAUCAGAAAGUGUCUAAGGAACGUAGUCUGGGGCUAAUUGUUUUUGAAGUGACCUUGCUGGUGUAGAAUAACUUGUUCAGGCACUAUUGGAGUCGUCGCCCAACUCACUCAAGCAGCAAGGAUGAUCAAGG